UUCCGCGUCUGUCGGAUGAGGGGAGUCAGAGAGAUGCCCACUAACUGCGCCGCGGCGGGCUGUGCCGCGACCUACAACAAGCACAUCAACGUCAGCUUCCACAGGUUUCCCUUAGAUCCCCAAAGAAGAAAGGAAUGGGUUCGUCUGGUUAGGCGCAAAAAUUUUGUGCCAGGGAAACACACUUUUCUUUGCUCAAAACACUUUGAAGCCUCCUGUUUUGACCUAACGGGACAAACCAGACGACUUAAAAUGGAUGCUGUGCCAACAAUUUUUGAUUUCUGUACUCAUCUAAAACCAAUGAAACCCAAGUCAAGAAAUCUUCCAAAGAAAAACUUGUGUAUCCCAGCAGGACCAUCCAAUAUGAAAUCCAAUGUUAGCCAUCAGCAAGUUCUACUUGAACACAGCUAUGCCUUUAGAAGCCCCACAGAGGCAAAAAAGAGGAUAAUUCAACUGGAAAAAGAGAUAGCAAGCUUAAGAAGAAAGAUGAAGAAUUGCUUGCAGAAAGAACGGAGAGCAACUCAGAGAUGGUUCAAAAUCACGUGCUUGGUGAAAAGUUUAGAAGCAAAUAACCUAUUGCCCCGGGGCAUAUCAGAACACAUCUUGCCAAGUGCCUUAAACAAUCUUACGUUACAAAACUUCAAAAUCAUUGUACAGGGUCAGCAAGAUCAAACGUAACAAAGUCUCUAAAUGAAGACAGCCCCAAACCAAGGAGCCCGCUUUUGAUAUUCGCCAGAACUGAAUUCUGUGCCCAGCCUUCACUGGAUUCAGAAGUAAAAGUUACUUCCUGCAAUUAUGCUAAAAACUCUAUUCUCAGGACAGUUUUACUUGAAAUAACAUAAUUUUCUGGAUAUCGUUUAUAAAGACUGUUAACUUAUUUUUGUGGAGAAAGAAAACUUCAAAUGAAGGCUUCAUUUUAAUGUAAGCACAAGUGCCUUACGAGAAAAAAUACCUACUCUGGCUGAAAUUUUUCCUACAUGAAGAAAUCUUAUGUUUACAAGUUUAUUUAUUGUUUUUCUUAAAAACCUGUUUUUGAAGGAAUGGUCUAUGCCAGGUAAUGUUUGGGUCAUUUCAUGGACUUACUUUCUGUCAGAAAAGGAAUUUUCCUUGUUGAACUGCAUUGGAAGCGGACUUUUGUAUUCUAAAUAUGAUGCUGAAGUACUUUUCCAAAAUUAAAUAUAACCUUAGAAAAGUACCAGUUCUGGAUUUAAAUUGUGGUGGGUACUGACUUGGCAAUAUAUGGUGAAUCACUUCACUUACUAUGUUGCCUUUACCUUUUUCAUAUCUGUUAAAAGGGAUUAAUAGUAACCUCUUUCAUGGAAAUACUACACUGGCAAUGAUACACUAAUUUAAAUGUUAAGUGCUGUUUGAUAGGAAAUGCCAUUGAGUCCAUCAGAUGAGAAGAAGCUAGGCAUAACUCAGAUCUGCUCAGAUGGGUACUUUGGCACCUUGAGUUCCAAGAAACGCGCACACACACACACAGCUGUGAAACAGCGACAUUGAGUCCGUCUCCUGUUUUGUGCUAAAAUUAUUAAAUAAUUAGAUAGAUAUUACUGCUUUCUCAUAACUUAUAUGUUUUUUGUUUUAUGCUCUUGUAUGUUAAGCAAUUUUUAUGUGUGUUAGGAUAUCAAAGUUGUUUUGAAAGUAUUUAUUUUACUGCUUACAUAGGUACCCAGCUCAGAGCAUAGCGGUUUUUUCCAUAAAACACACUAGCCUUUCAAUGCAGAGAGGUACUUAGCCAUGCAAAGUCUUGACAACUUAUAAUUUGUUUUAAAAUGAAAUCAAUUUAUAGACCAUUAAAUCAACAUAUACACCAUGAAAAUACAGUAUGGACAAGGAUUCACUCCCUCUGCCACCUUCAUUAUUCUUUAGGACAGCAUCACGCUGUGGCCUUCAUUGUAUAUGGAAAAAACAGGAAUUUAAUGAUUCUUUUCUAAAACAAAUCUAUGCAUAUGGUACUCCUUUAAGAAUUUAUUUUCUAGUUGAAUCAUUCAAAGAGUUUGCCUUAUUUCAUAAAUUAUAUUUAUUCAGUGUCUUGUAUUUCAGAUACCUAUGAACAAAAUCAUGGAAAAGUUCAUUAACUAUUAAAUCGAAUUUCUUAGUCCUCAUUCCAAUGUAUGAUAUUACAUUAUGAAUAUAGUAUAAUGCUUAACCAUAGAUGGUUCCACCUUUUUUCACAUAAGGGGUUUAUUUUAUGUGAAAAAGCAAGUCAGACUUACAUCUGAGGUUUUCUUCUUUUAAAAAUGACACUUGUUUACAUUCUAGUAACCAUAAAGAGCACUAAUUCAAUUUUUCACAAAAGGUGGUUCUCUAUAAUGGAAGAUAACUGCUCACUUUGAUUAAAUAUGUACUGCUAGAAAAAGCAGAUGAAUACUUCCUAUCAGAAUUUGUGUAUCCAAGUAUGACACUUUUAAUAGCAACUCCCAAAAUUUAGGCACAGUAUGAGGGCAAGGGGGCAGCUAGGUGUCGCAGUGGGUAGAGCACAGGCCCUGAAGUCAAGAGGACCUGAGUUCAAAUGCGACC